UAUAAACACUGCAGUUCCACUCUUGAGCGCUCACAGUCGACUUCAAGACAGCAUUAUUUUUGUACCUGUUUUUGUACUUUAGGGUCAUAUUCUGUAGAGUGGCAAGGUCCUUCAACACUUGAGGUGUUGUUGUGAAUUGGUUGACAGUCCGUAUUUUUCUCGCCUUGUCUAGAUCUGCAACGAUCCAAGAAGCGCCCCGAACAAAAGCCAGUAAACUUGACAUAGCCGAUAGCUCUGCAUGCAUUGUUUCUAGAUACAUUUCAGUAGGGCUACAGUUUUAUUGGUGAAUAGUUAAACUGUGUCCAUAACAAUGAAUAAAUCUAAGUUAGCAAUCGGACUUUUUGUCGCAGGUAUUCUGACUGUAGUGUUUGGGACAAUUAUUGUAUUCGUUGGACCAAUCAUCAUUGACGAGCAAAUAGUAAAGGUAAGUGACUGAGAUUAAAGCUAAAUAUUGUAGCUUUUUCCUAUAGUUUUAUACUUCGGUUGUAGGCCUACGUCUAAUGCAAAGGCAUCGUUUUCUCCUGGUCAGUCACGACUAACGUAUAGCGAAGUGCCUAUAGUUAACCUGAUUUAUUACUCUUAUUUCUAUUUCUCGUGUUUUUUUUUCUUUGUACUUGACUUUUUUUUAUUUGUUUUAUAUUGCUAUUGAUUACUGCGUUGUUGGGAAAGGCAUUUCACUGUAGGGCCCAUCAAUGCCUAUACCUACCAUGUGGUUACACAGUCUGAGAUUAAUGCCAUACAUUUGUUUGGAACAUUUCCUAGUUCUCUACAAGCCAGAACGUUGAAUAAAAUUUCAUUUGAAUGUUCUCCACUGGUUGCGGUCGGUACUUUUGUGGGUGUGACUUUGAAAAAAAACGAUCCACAGGUAAGCAUUAUUACAAUGACUUUUCCAAACGCUGGUACUGCCGUUGAGAUUUAUCAACUGGCACAUGUGCAAAACCAUGUAGGCUCUCGGUGUAAAGGCCUUAAGUAAAAAUACUUUAAAGUAGUUUUUUGGGGUAUCUGCACUUUAAUAUUUAUAUUUUACAACUUUUACUUCACUACAUUCCUAAAGAAAAUAAUGUACUUUGUACUCCAUACAUUUUCCCUGACCCAAAAGUACUCGUUACAUUUUUUAAAUACUUAGCAGGACAGAAAUUGUAAAAUUCAUGCAUUUAUCAGAGAACAUCCCUGGUCAUCCCUACUGCCUCUGAUCUGGAGAACUCACUGAACACUCAUGUGUCGUUUGUAAAUGAUGUUGGAGUGUGCACCUGGCUAUCUGUACAUUUGCUAAUUAUAAGGAAUUUGAAAUGAUGUAUACUUUAGUGUAUUUUAGCAAUUACAUUUACUUUUGAAACUUAAGUAAAUAUAAAACCAAAUACUGUUACUGAAGUGACACACUUUUACUUUAGUCACCUUAAUAGAAAAUAUAUUACAUUUUACUCAAGUAUGACAAUUGGCAACUUUUUCCACUACUGUGUAGGCUAAAUACCUGCAAGACUUCGGUUGGUAUGUGUUGAUGACUGUAGACUUAUAUCAGGGUUCCCCAAGGCGAUUUUAUUUGAAAACACCAGCAAAUCAGCUCCAAGUGAUUUUAAUUUAGGAAAUCUGUUCCAAAGUAGAACCACACAUAAUAGAGAUGCAUUACCAAAAGUAUGUGGACACCUGCUCGUUGAACAUCUCAUUCCAAAAUCAUGGGCAUUAAUAUGGAGUUGCCCCCCCCCCCCCCCCUUUUGCUGCUAUAACAGCAUCCACUCUUCUGGGAAGACUUUCCACUAGAUGUUGGAACAUUGCUGCGGGGACUUGCUUCCAUUCAGACACGAGCAUUAGUAAGGUCAGGCAUUGAUGUUGGGCGAUUAGGCCUGGCCCGCAGUCUGCAUUCAAAUGUAUCCCAAAGGUGUUCGAUGGUGUUGAGGUCAGGGCUCUGUGCAGGCCAGUCAAGUUCUUCCACACCAAUCUCGACAAACCAUUUCUGUAUGGACCUCGCUUUGUGCACAGAAUUGUUAUGAAUGUAAUUGUGCGCUGUAGCUUUUAAGAUUUCCCUUCACUGGAACUAAGGGGCCUAGCCCGAACCAUGAAAUACAGCCCCAGACCAUUAUUCCUCCUCCACUAAACUUUACAGUUGGCACUGGACAUUGGGGCAGGUAGCGUUCUUCUGGCAUCCGUCAAACCCAGACUCGUCAGCUGGUGAAGCGUGAUUAAUCACUCCAGAGAACGCAUUUCCACUGCUCCUGAGUCCAAUGGUGGCGAGCUUUACAACACUCCAGCUGACGCUUGGCAUUGCACAUGGUGAUCUUAAGCUUGUGUGCGGCUGCUCGGCCAUGGAAACCCAUUUCAUGAAGCUCCCGACGAACAGUUCUUGUGCUGACGUUGCUUUCACAGGCAGGUUGGAACUCUGUAGUGAGUGUUGCAACCAAGGACAGAUGAUUUUUCAGCACUCCCCGGUCCCGUUCUGUGAGCUUGUGUGGCCUACCAAUUCGUGGCUGAGACGUUGUUGCUCCUAGACGUUCCACUUCACAAUAACAGCACUUACAGUUGACCGGGGCAGCUCUAGCAGGGCAGAAAUUUGACGGACUGACUUGUUGGAAAGGUGGCAUCCUAUGACGGUGCCACGUUGAAAGUCACGGAGCUCUUCAGAAAGGCCAUUCUACUGCCAAUGUUUGUGUUUUUUUGCCUGUGUAUAUGUUGUCCAAAAAUUCUACCCACAAAAGGACGAAAUCAGCAGACAACAGGUGGUUUACACUAGAUAGCCAAUUCUGACUGUGGCUGUGCUAUCGUAAAAAUGUAUGACAAUAAAAUUUGUUUUUGUUUUUAAAGGUUCAAUAUAGUAAUCUAUACUGUAUAUUAUUUGAUCUGUUCUUUAUCGAUUGGUUUUGCCCCACAACUUCCCCUAAAUGUUAGGCUAGUUCUUUCUUGAUCACGUGGCGCAGUGGUCUAAGGCACUGCAUCGCAGUACUAGCUGUGCCAGAUCCUGGUUCGAAUCCAGGCUCUGUCGUAGCCGACUGCGACCGGGAGACCCAUGGGGCGGCGCACAAUUGGCCCAGCGUCGUCCAGGGUAGGGGAGGGAAUGGCCGGCAGGGAUGUAGCUCAGUUGGUAGAGCAUGGCGUUUGCAACGCCAGGGUUGUGGGUUCCAUUCCCACGGGGGGCCAGUAUGAAAAAUAAAAUAAAUAAUGUAUGCACUCACUAACUGUAAGUCGCUCUGGAUAAGAGCAUCUGCUAAAUAACUAAAAUGUAAUGUACCUUUAUGCAGUAUUAUGCAUGAUAUUCAGCUCUAAGUUCCUGGUUGAUAAACCUAAGAGAAUAUAUAAAUGAUAUGACAUCUUAAAUGAUUGAUAUGAACGUGCAUAUUGGAACCAGUGCUACGGUCAGAUGACAUGAAAAUAGAGGUCUUUGGCCACGCAGACCAGUGGUGGGUUUGCCGUGGGAAUAAGGAUGCAGAAAGAAAAUAACCCCAUAUCUACUGUAAAAUAUGGUGGUGGAUCUAAUGUUAUGGGGCUAUUUUGCUUCCACUGGUCUUGGGUCCCUUAAGGUCAACGGCAUCAUGAACUUUACCCAGUACCAGGACAUUUUACCCAAAAACCUGGCUGCCUCUGCUAGGAGGCCAAAACUUGGUCGCAAUUGGAUCUUCCACCAAGACAAUGGCUCCAAGCACACAUUAACAAAACCCACAAAUUAAUGGGUAUCUGACCACAAGAAUCAACAUUUUGCCAUGGCCAUAAGUCUCUUGACUUAGUUGAACCCCAUUAAAAACCUGUGGUUUGAAUUGUAGAGGGCAGUCCAUAAGCGCAGACAAAGGAUUAAGGAUCUGGGAAGAUUAUAUAUGGAGGAAUGGUCCAAGAUCCCUCCCAAUGUAAUCCCCAAUUUCAUAAAACAUUUUAGAAAAAGGCUCAGUGCCAUUAUCCUCAAGGUGAGGUAUUGAAAACGGGGAAACAAUUUACGUAUGUGAUUCGUAUACAAAUGUAAGCAAGGUUUGAAAUGAUGUUUUAGUCAAAUAUUAUAUCAGUUUGGGCUUCUUGCGGUCAAUUUGUAUUCUACAAAUUAUUUGUAAUUAUUUUCCGGCCCCCUGACUAUCCGCUCAAUAAAAUAUAUUGUUGUAAUCGUCACUAGCUACCACAGCCACAAUGUUAUAAACCCCACCUAUUUCUACAAUUUCUCUUAAAUCUGACACGGGCCUCCCUGCUAACCUUAUGCCUAAGCCUAGCAAAAAUAUAAAUGCAACAUGCAACAAUUUCAAAGAUUUUACUGAUUUUACAGUUCAUUGAAGGAAAUCAGUCAAUUGAAAUAAAUAAAUUAGGCCCUAAUCUAUGGAUUUCAGGAGGGCAUAGGAGCCAGGCCCAGCCAAUUAGAAUACGUUUUGCCCCACAAAAGAGCUUUAUUACAGAAAUAAAUACUCAUCAGUUUCAUCAGCUGUCCGGGUGGCUGGUCUCAGACAGUCCCGCACGUGAAGAAGCCAAAUGUGGACAUCCUGGACUGGCGUGGUUACAAGUGGUCUGCGGUUGUGAGGCCGGUUGGACUUACUGCCAAAUUCUCAAACUGUUGGAGGCGGCUUAUGAUAGAAACAUGAACAUUCAAAAUUCUCUGGCAACAUCUCUGGUGGACGUUCCAGCAGUCAGCAUGCCAAUUGCACGCUCCCUCAACUUUAAACAUCUGUGGCAUUGUGUUGUGACAACUGCACAUUUUUAGUGCCUUUUAUUGUCCCAGCACAAGGUACACCUGUGUAAUGAUCAUGCUGUUUAAUCAGCUUAUUGAUAUGUCACACCUGUCAGGUGGAUGGAUUAUCUUGGCAAAUGGGAAAUGCACACUAACAGGGAUGGAAACAAAUUUGUGCACAACAUUUGAGAAAUAAGCUUUUUGUGCAUAUGGAACAUUUCUGGGACCAGCACUUUACAUGUUGCGUUUAUAUUUUUGUUCAGUAUAUUGUUUCCGAUCCUGACAUACAGAAGCCCCAGCCAGAAGGGAGCCCUGUGCAAUGCAUGUUUUACGUCACACAGUUUAUAGGCCUACUGUACGUCUUGCUUUCCCAAGAUGUCUCUCCUGUUUUUAAGGAUGAUUCUGCCAAAACCAAUUCCCCCUUGGGGAUAAUGAUACUUUCUACUGCUACCACUAUCCUUUAUUACAAACACUGGUUCAAAUGACUCUGGUUGGCACAGAGUACUGGCAACCACAUAGUUAUGGGUUUGGUUCCCACGUGGGAUCACAAACGCUGAAUACGAGUGUCAACUGCCAGUGAUCCCAUCCUGCAGAGAAGAACAAGCUGUCGUACUGCACACCUUGUAUAUUAUUAUGUGUAUAUGUUAUGUAUAAUAAUAUGCCUUUUAUCAUUAUUCUCUCAGAACUUAGUAAUAGACCCUAAGAAUGAGAUGUCCUACACCAUGUGGAAGGACAUCCCUGUCCCCUUCUUCAUGUCUGUUUACUUCUUCAACGUCCUCAACCCCACCGAAUUCCUGGCGGGAGAGAAACCCAUGGUGGAGCAGAGAGGACCCUAUGUAUACAGGUAGGCUUUCACACCUGACCUUUAACCCGUGACCUAUAUAACCUCUAACCCAGGGUUUCUUAAACUAUGGGUCGAGACCCAAAGUGGGCCCUGGGCGUGUGAGGCAGGCCACGAGAUAUGAGAAUAUAUCUAUAUUCACACAAUUUCGACUUAAUUUGGCUUGUUGAAGGAUGAUUUGGGUCACGGGAGGACGGUCAAUUUCUCAUUUCGGUCUCGAAUUGAAAAAGUUAAAAAAAGCUCUAACCCUUUUCUUAAAUGAAAUGUUUUGACAUUUUAGUAAUUUGGCAUACACUCUUAUCUAGAGCGACUUACAAUAAGUGCAAUUCUCUUAAACUGGCUAGGUGAGACGACACAUCACAGUCGUAUGAAGUACAUUUUCCCUCAGCAAAGUAUUUAUCAGCAAAGUCGGUGCUAGUAGGAAAAGAUAAGUGCCUUUUUUUUAAACCGAUGACCUAUGGUGGAGAGGACCCUUUCUACACUCCUAACCUAAUUGCUUAUCAUUAGGCCUACCUCUAACCCAUAGUAGAUUAGAAAGCACCCCAAGUGCACCUUAUCGGGCGAAAGGUAAUGGCGUGGGUUUUGAGAGCUGAGGUGCAGCCUAUCCAGCCAUGACGCACCGUGCCCAUGGAACGAGAGAUGUGCCAGUGAAUUUCGUAUUUAGAAAUAUUUAAAAAACGCUCCUCCAAACUAUUCCGUCCUCCUAUAAUGCCAUAUCAACGGCAGAUUUUUUAUUUUUUAAACUGCCUCGCACAUGGGCAACGAUACAAUUGACAGUAGCCUAGUAUUUUGUAUAGACGUGUGAAUGUUACGCGUAAAGACAUUUAGCCCUACGUGUGUACACAGUGCCAUGGAAUGAGAGAAGUGAUUUAUGAUAUCAUGCUUCUGACCCCAUCCUAUUUGGAAAUAUUGUUGUUUUUAAGUAACUUUGCUUGUUUUCUGUUUUUAUAUGAUGUAAAAACCAAGCCCUCCAUAGGCUACCCUUACCCUAGGCUACAAUAAUGAAGGCUGAUUCAACAGCAGUGUGUCGUAUCUUCUUCUUUUUCUCAAAAUUGUAUUUGUAUUUUAUUUUUACCCCCUUUUCUCCCCAGUUUUGAUCUUGUCUCAUCGCUGCAACUCCCCAACGGGCUCUGGAGGCGACAGUCGAGUAAUGCGUCCUCCAAAACAAAUCCCGCCAAACCGCGCUGCUUAACACCCGCCUGCUUAACCCGGAAGCCAGCCGUACCAAUGUGUUGGAGGAAACACCGUUCUAGUGACGACCGAGGUCAGCCUGCAGGCGCCCGGCCCGCCACAAGGAGUUGCUAGAGCGCGAUGAGCCAAGUAAAGCCCCCCGGCCAAACCCUCCCCUAACCCGGACUACGCUGGGCCAAUUGUGCGCUGCACUAUGGGAGUGCCUUAGACCACUGCGCCACUCGGGAGGCACGUGUCGUUUCUUUUUAAUCCUGGCUUUGCAAAGUAGCCUAUCCAUAAAAUAUGUUUACGGUCUAUUCAUCAGAGUGCCUUGAAUUAAAUAUAUAUGGCACAUCCUAAAACAUAUACACACACACGCCUACCUGCAUACUUAAUUUCGCUUGUUCAAGUAUCCAUCCCCAUCUCCAAAGAGCGCUUCUCAUCUAGUUACCAAAGACUCGCUCCUCCAAACGUAUUUAAAUGAUUCUGUCCUAUAAUAGAGUAUCAAUGGUAGGCCUAGGCAUCUUUUGCUUAUUGAGAAUGUGCCUCACACAUACAAUACAAUUUACGGGAAACUAGUAUUUAUUAAAAUUUUAAGAGAAGUGCGAUGCAUGAAGACGUCUCGGCUCGUUGAAGCCAAUUACAACAAUGUUGUCUGCCAACACUCUAAACAUAGCAAGUGUUUCCGCAAUAGUCUAUUACUCGUUACUGUAGCCUAUGCUAUUUAAUAAACUUUGUAGUAUCAAUCCACAAUGGAACAGGAUGAGGAAAAGACCAUCAACAGAACUUGGGGGGGGGGGGGGGUGCUGCAUACUAACCAAAAACAGGGGAAAUCACACAGGCACAGGGAGAUGAUCAAGUAAGGAAGUAGCUAUACUGCACCAACCCGUUCUAACAAAUUAUUGUGAAAUUGACAUAACUUAUGCGAAAUUCGUGUCCACCACACGAUUUUGUAAACCUGCAUGUCAAUCACAGAUAAAGACAGUAGGUUACUUAAGACAGAAACGAUAUGAACCAAGCACAAUUGUAUUGAUUUUAUUUCCGUUUCUCUCGGACACUGCUCUUGAUGGGAUCACUGCUCUUUAUUAAGCUUUAUGUAUAUGUUUGUAUACGUUUCUCUCGUAACCCCAUUUUCAAAUCAGGUGACCCCUAGUUUGGGAAACACUGCCCUAACCCUAAACUAGCAUGUUGCCUAACCUUAACCCUUAGCUAGCAUGUAACAAUUUAACACCCCAAAACUGAACCUUAACCCCUAGCCUAGCUAAAUGUAACUGAAAAUUGGUUGACACAAUUUACUUUAGAAAAUCGUGUGGUAGUUUCUUUUUCACGAUAUUCUAUGUUGGUGUGUUGACUGCACUGCUGUACGUUUGGAGAAGGGUGCAAUUGCGGCCUGCAGUUUGGGGCUUUCCUGCAUGUGGGCAAUCCUGCAUCUGCAGGAACACCUCUUUAUACGUCUAUUGGUCCAUUUUUAAGCUAGGACCCCGGUACACAUGUGGGAGGCGGGGGCCCUCCAGUACAGUAGGUGGCGGUAAUACACCAUAACGUUUGAUACAACCGCUGAUAAACCCCACAGAAGAAGAGGCAGGGGCGACAACGCCAGUAGCUAGCUAGCUAGGAGAACGGUCGAUGGUGUCCUUCGCCCCCGCCUGAUUUGCAGGUUGUAGUUCAAUAGUUCACAGGCAACCGUGCGAAUGUUCUAGGUCAAUGAGGCCAUUUCAUACCUCUGUCACUGAGUUUCAGGUUAAUGGCUGUAGUUUAGUGCCAGCUGUGAGACCCAGAGCCCCGUGGGGCUAAAUGCUCAGCAACCCAACAGGAGCUCCAACGAACAGUAUUCUUCUCAUCCUUUCACCCUAGGAGUGAGGGAUGAGGAGGGCAUUUCUCCAUCAUUCACCUGGGGGGGUAGAGACUCAAACCCUAUUCGAGGGGCUCCUCUCUCCUCCCUCUCGCUUUCUCUCUCACUGUCUCUUAGCCUCUGUCACCCCUGGGUCGUUCCAUGUCAUUUCAGCAAGCCAUGACACCCACCAUCUUAGGUUGUUCUGAAAUUGUUUCUGGAGUUAGAAACAGAUAAGAUUAGCGUUCUUGAAAUGUUUUUUUGUCAAAAUAUCAUUUGAUCUCUGGGACAUUAAGCCAAAUUGGUCAUUUUAAUUUAAAGGAUUCAUAUAAUAUUCCAUAAAUAUAGUACCUAACAUCCAAUUUGGACAGAGUAUUGUUUCUUCGUCUUAUGUAAUGUUCUCAGUGAAUUUGGUGAUAUUUAGUUUCCCGUUCAGAGAAAUUAGUAUUUGAAGUUAGGUUUGUCACGUCCUACAUCCUGCUUAUUACCAGGUUUUGACCAUUUCAACAAAAUGUUGCAGGAAUACUAAUUUUAUCUGUUUUCUAACAUAAACGAUUUCAGAACAAUCAGAUGGUGGGUGUCAAUCUUCUUUCUUGAUCUUUUUGAGGUGGAAUGACUAUUGGAUAAUCUGUACCCCUUUCCGUAUGGAUCUUGCCUCUUUCACCCUAUAACGUAUCCAGUUUCUCUGUUCUAGGACUACACAAUUGAAUUUGCAUCUGUGCAAUAUUCAUAUCACAAGCAGCACAGUUCCUCCUCCUCGCUGUUAGAUUCACUAUGUUUGCAUGCUGUUCUGUUAGGUCAAAUGCAGUCAACCAAUUGUUCCAAACAAGAACGAUGCUGCGUUCCACUUUGCUUCUUAAUAGAAGUCAUUCUAUUUCUAUGAUUAAAACAAUUCACCCAAAUGUUUGGAUUUAUAUCGCACCAAAAAAUGUAUAUUGCAAUAUUUGGUUAAAAAAAAAAUCUAUUACCUUUUUUUCCCCAUAUCGUGCAGCCCUAUCUUCCUUCUCGCUCGACCUUUCCUCCCUUUCUCUUUAUCAUUGAACAACUUAUGUCUUCUUAGAAUUUCUACCCUGUUUUCAUCUCAGUAAGCUAAUAGGAACCAGUGUCAGUGGAAUGUCCUUCAUUGUUAAUAAGAGGACCUAAAAACUGAGAUGCUCUACCCCUGCAAGUGAACUCUCUAUCCCCUUUCUCUGUUUCCUCUGCUUCUCUUUUCCCUAUCAGCUAUUCAUUCAGAUCUCCAGUCAUCUUAACUAUUAGUAGUCUAUAAACCCUUUAUAAUGUUGUAAAGUGUCUAUCCAUUUACAUAUACUGUCAGUUGGAGGUUGACCUGGGUUUUGUGGUUGUGUGUUUCAGGAAGCGUAUUCAGAAGCAGAACAUCACGUUUCAUCCCAACGAUACAGUGUCAUAUCUUGAAUACAGGAGCUACUUCUUUGAGCCCAGCAUGUCAGUGGGCAAUGAGUCAGAUGUGGUCACCAUCCCCAACAUGCUGGUGUUGGUAAGACUGCACUGCUGAGUAUAUAUAUACACACACACACUUUUAAUACGAACUGGACUCCCAUCUCUUUGCCCCCCUCUCAUCUCUCCCCCACUUCAUCCCGUUUCUCCCCCCUCUUUUCCCUCUCUCCCCUCUGUCUCCCAGGGUGCGGCGGUGAUGAUGGAGAACAUGCCACUCGGAGUGCGUCUGUUGAUCAGCACCACCUUUAAAGGUUUUAAGGAGGGACCAUUCCUCACCAAGUCUGUAGGAGAGCUGAUGUGGGGCUACGACAGCAAGCUGGUGGACUUCCUCAAUAAAUGGUUCCCUGGCAUGCUGCCCUCCACCGGAAAGUUUGGCCUCUUCUCUGAGGUGAGUGAGCGGGUGGAGGAGAUGAGAGCACAAUGACCGGAAGUCUAUAGGUACAGUAGCAAAUGCUAGCGUACCUUUAGACUUCCAGUCAUUGCACUAACGCUAGUUAGCAUUGGCUCGCAAAAUUACCUCGUUCUUCCUUCACACUGCACGCAGAUACAUUCAAACGGUAUUCACUAGUUCAUCUGACUCUGAGUAUGUAGAAAAACAAUUGCCAGGAUCUCACAGUAUCCCUUUAAUGCUUGAUCUAAUUGAAUUGAGGCCUCAGUCAGGCUUUGAAAUUAUGUAGUGCAUGGGCAGUUUCCUCUUAUGUAAUUCACUGACAGACCUUAAAGAUGCUGUAUCUCCCGAGUGGCGCAGUGGUCUAAGGCACUGCAUCGCAGUGCUAGCUGUGCCACUAGAGAUCCUGGUUCGAAUCCAGGCUCUGUCGUAGCCGGCCGCGACCGGGAGACCCAUGGGGCGGCGCACAAUUGGUACAGGGUAGGGUAGGGGAGGGAAUGGCUGGCAGGGAUGUAGCUCAGUUGGUAGAGCAUGGCGUUUGCAACGCCAGGGUUGUGGGUUUGAUUCCCACGGGGGCCAGUAUGAUUUUUUUAAUUUUUAUAAAGAAUAAUGUAUGCACUAACUGUGUAAGUCGCUCUGGAUAAGAGCGUCUGCUAAAUGACUUAAAUGUAAAGAACUAUUUAUAACCUGUCAGAAAUGUCCAGUUGAUCAACUAUGUUAGGUAGGUAAAUUAGGCUAACCAGCUAUCUAUCUAAAUCAUGUAGUUAUCCUGGCCAGAAUAUGUGCCCAGUGGCCUCAUCCCCCAGGGGGCCCAAAUAUUUGAUUUUGAGUCUGUUAUCAUAUUGUUAUAUGGAGAGUAGUUAAGUGUUGGCACAUAGAUGGACACUACAUGACCACUUCCACACUCCAUCCCCAGAGGACAUUUUGAACAGUUUGGGGUCGCAUGGGUAGUGAGCAAUAACUGUAUAUAUGAAUGGACAAAGCCAUCGAUCACGUGACACCUUUCAUUCCUAUGUGAAGACUUAACACCGCAUUGACGCCAAAUAAAGUCGGUUAAGAUGCCAUCUCAUGGAGACAUAACAUGCGCAGUUUGAGGUAGUAUAGAAGUACCCCUUAUCUACAUCCUGUUUUUAAGUUGGCUGUCUGGUUUUAGUGACUGGUUAAACGUCAAUCUGUGUCUGUUUCUCCCAUCAGUUCAACAACACCAACACUGGUCUGUUCACCAUCCACACUGGGAAGGAUGACAUCCGGCUGAUUCACAAAGUGGACUCAUGGAACGGCCUGACCAAGGUGAGAGGUCUGGAGUUCAGGGAUCACACAGCCAUGACCUUUCACCUUUAUGGUUGGGCUGAGAGCGGCGGUUAGAAGAAGCAGAGAUGAGGAAAACCGAUCUGGGUCUCUUGUAAAAGGACUUCAUGAAAAACAAUGGCAACUGUUACUGAGUGGACUUUUUUCACUUGGUCCACCCACCCCCUCAAUGGUCCUGCUGCUCCCCCUAUGGUCAUUCCCCCCCACCACCUCUGGUCCUGCUGCUCCCCCUAUGGUCAUUCCCCCCCACCACCUCUGGUCCUGCUGCUCCCCCUAUGGUCAUCCCCCCCCCCACCCCCUCAAUGGUCCUGCUGCUCCCCCUAUGGUCAUUCCCCCCCACCACCUCUGGUCCUGCUGCUCCCCCUAUGGUCAUUCCCCCCCACCACCUCUGGUCCUGCUGCUCCCCCUAUGGUCAUUCCCCCCCACCACCUCUGGUCCUGCUGCUCCCCCCUAUGGUCAUUCCCCCCCACCACCUCUGGUCCUGCUGCUCCCCCCUAUGGUCAUUCCCCCCCACCCCCUCAAUGGUCCUGCUGCUCCCCCCUAUGGUCAUUCCCCCCCCACCCCCUCUGGUCCUGCUGCUCCCCCUAUGGUCAUUCCCCCCACACCCCCUCAACAGGCUUUACUCUGCCUCAUCCCCAAUGGACAUUAUUUAUUCAUCGCUGUCACAGUGGUUAUGUAUAUACUGCUAUUUCUAUUGUUUUUAUGACUAUUUUUAUUAUUUUAUUUCACUUAGUCCUGCAUGUUGGAGCUCAAAGCCUAAGAUUUUCACUGUACCCUGCAAUCACACCUGCAACGUGACUAUUCAACUCUGAAUCUGACUCUCGGCUAAAUAAAUGAAUAUAAAAAUCUAAAGUUUGACUUUAGUCAAAUCCUGAAUGAACUAUUUUUUUUAAAAAUUAUUUCAUGCUCUAUAAAGAGAGCUCAAUGUAUAAUGGAUGGUAACCCUCUGUCUUUCUGUCUCUAGUUGACCAAUUGGAAGACUCCCCAGUGUAACAUGAUCAACGGCACAGCAGGACAAAUGUGGCCUCCUUUCAUGACCAAAGAGUCCACACUGCCCUUCUACAGUCCUGACGCCUGCAGGUACAGACUCUCACUCACUCACACGCGCUCUCACACACACGCGCUCUCUCUCUCUCUCGGUUCUUUCUCUCGGUUCUUUCUCUCUAUAGGUCUUUGGAGCUGGUGUACCAGCGUGAGGGGAUAAUGAAGGGGAUUCCCCUCUAUCGCUACGUGGCUCCUAAGACUAUGUUCGCUAACGGCUCAGACUACGCUCCCAAUGAGGGCUUCUGUCCCUGCAGACAGUCUGGCCUCCUCAACGUCAGCAGCUGCAGAUCCAGUGAGUGCAGACACAGAUACAUAUACAAUCCCCACAUAUUUAUUUGGACAGUGAAGCUAAAACUUGUAGUUUGGCUCUAUACUCCAGCAUUUUGGAUUUGAGAUCAAAUGUUUCUUAUCAGGCGACGGUACAGAAUGUCACCUAUUAUUUGAGGGUAUUUUCAUACAUAUAUUUUACCGUUUAGAAAUGAAAUCACUAUAUCUAGUCCUGCCAUUUGAGGAAGUCAUAAGUAUUUGGACAAAUUCUCUGAAAGUGUAUUAAAGUAGUCUAAUGCUUAGUAUUUGGUCCCAUAUUCCUAGCAAGCAAUGACUAUAUCAGGCUUGUUACUCUACAAACUCGUUGGAUGCAUUUGCAGUUUGUUUUGGGUUAUGUUUUGCCCAAUUGGAACUGAAUGAUGACUGGAAUAAUUAUUUGAGUAGAUAAGCUGUUUCUGAGGUCACAUUUCAGGGUUGAUUUCCAUAUACCCUUUUAGUCAUGACCCACAUACCUUGUCUGGUAAACAGACUGGUGGGGGAGGUAUGACACACACACACACACACACACACACACACACAGAGGAGCCAUGCUGCAGUAGUAGUAAUAAUAAUAAUAAUAAUAAUAAUAAUAAUAAUAGUAAUAAUAAUAAUAUGCCAUUUAGCAGACGCUUUUAUCCAAAGCGACUUAGUCAUGUGUGCAUAAAUUUUUUUACGUAGGGGUGGUCCCGGGGAUCGAACCCACUACCCUGGCGUUACAAGCGCCAUGCUCUACCACUUGAGCUACAGAGGACCACAAACACAUUGAGAAACACUUAGGCAUGAGACAACGCCUCAUGAUUCAUGACACUUAUGUUGCCAAUAGCACCCCAUAGAACAUGACAUCUCAAGAUAACAUGAGCACUUGGUGCUGAAUUGUAGCUUGAGAAAUGCCCACACACUAUAGAAAUGUUUUAUAUAAUCAUGCAUCAAUGUCAAGGGGAGAUUUAAACCAGGGAUGGGCAACUUUGAUGGGUGGGGGCCACAAAAAAUCUGAACUCAUCACGAUGGGCCACAGUGGCUCUGGGGUCUGUGUACCCACAUCCAUACCCACACAUGCAGUCAGAGCCGGCCCUAGGCUUUUGGGGGCCCUAAGUGAAAUUAUGUUGGCCCCCUUGAGAGCAAAACAUUUUUACAGCGGAGAGAACAUUUACAUUUUAGAGUUAAUUUACUGUAAUUCUACAGAUUUUGCAAUUGGGUGUGAAGAAAAUAUUGCAGUUUGCGGCAACAUUGUGCCAUGGGCGGAAAGAAGAUUUAGCAAUUGGUUACAUCCCCCAGCAAUAAAACCCUAACAAAGGGGAACUAACAGAGUCAUUGACAACCACCAAAACGAAACAGGUGAUUUUAGGAGGGGUUCUGAAAGGUGUCCACUGAAUGUUGACUAGCAACAACAACUGGGACCUAAAAGACACCCACCAUGAGCGGCCACUCAAUUUCCCCAAGAAGAGGCAAACAAAAGUAAAACCCACACCGAACUUAAAGACAGGAAGCAAACCAAAAAGUGGAGCAAAAUGAAAACCGGGAAGAUCAGAUAAAGGAUUGUGUUCUUUUAGAAAUCAAAUGGGGGGGCAACUAAGAUGUUAACCCUCCUCAUCUCUCAAGACACCUGGAGUACUGGGCCAGCCACUCUUAAAUAUCACCUGGGCCAGCACAGAUGAAACACCUUCCCACUAACGAGAUGACAAACCAGCACAGGUGUAACACAUACUGACUAAUGAGGUGACACCAAUCGGUGCGCUAACGUCCAACCUCGAAAUAUAAAUGGAAAAAACCAAAGCCUGUAACAAAUUUGAUGCAAUGCUACACAUUUUGCCAUAGGGUGGAGAGAAAUGUUUGCAGUUUUCAAUAUGAUAUCUGAGUGAGAGUGAUUUUAAAAAAUCAAGUGGGGCCUGACUGUCUAAUUCGACUAUGAUUACUACAAGUUUAGAUAGUCGAGCCGGCUAACUUACACUUUAUUUUUUUUGAUUAUUUUUUUUUGCUGAAAUGGGCUUAAUUGAGUGACUGACAUGACAAGAGAAACUGCUGAUGCACAACCAAAUUUCAAAAUGGCGCUUUGUGUAUUCUACUAUUUUAACUCAGAAUUGAUCCGCGUGCCUAAAAAAGGUGGGCUGCCAGUUGCCCAUCCCUGAUUUUAAACAAAGUUCAAAGUUAGGAUUCAACCUCUUGUCUCACAAAUACUUGUUACAAAGGAAAUGUAUGAUAAUGUUGAUGAUAAUAGUGGUGAUGAUGAUGAUACAAGUAAAGGUAAUGUUGCGUUAAUAUUGUGUUCUAGACUCGCCAGUGUUCAUUUCCCACCCCCACUUCUACAAUGCUGACCCUGUGCUGCUGGACUACGUACAGGGACUUCAGCCUACUGAGGACGAACACGGACUAUUCAUAGACAUCCACCCUGUGAGUCUCUCUCACACACACACACACACACGCUAUCCUGAAGUGGAACAGCUGUAUUAAGAGGACAUCCCAUUUUGUUCUAAUAGAUUCAUCUCUUAGAUCAGAUUAGUGGACGGAAAUGCGCACAACAAACAAACAAACAAAAGCCUUUAUGAUCUGUUAGCCUGUCAGAAACCCACUGGUCUUUGACCCUAUCAUCCAGAGAUAAGACUGCUCCAAUGUGGCUCUCCAGGUUCGGAGUCAAUCAAUUAACCCCUGAUCUACACCCUGAUGGGUUUUAUUUAGAUGACAAAUGUCACACCUCUGUCAGAUUCAGUUGAGUUCCAGUUAGAUUUGCUGUAACAGUUUUUAGACUCACCGGUCUGUCUCGGGUGCAUAAGUGUUUCAAGACCGUGGUGGUGGUCUUUGCCACAGUCACCAUUUGGUGUCAAAAAGGUCGAAUUAAAUGUCAUUGACUUGAUUGACAAUGCUCCAUAUACCUGACAGGCAGGGUGCCACAUCGUCUGACAGCCUGAAGCAUCUGUGCCAAGUUUUCCCCUAUUAUAGACACGUGUGUGUGUGUGUGUGCUUUAAAUUUUUUGCGAGUUGGGCCCAUUCACAUUAAUGUUAUAAACGUAUAACUCAGAGGCAGUAAAAGUGAGGCCAUUUCUCCUUAUCUAAAUUGAUUGUGUAAACACAUCUGAUCUCAUGGCUGUAGCGAAUGUACACUGUAAAGCCUGUCCUUGAGGCAAUCACCUGACAAUAGAUAGAGAAGGCCAUAGCAAUUUCUUAGAAUUAUCCUCUAAUUUUAGGUAAGCUAAUAUUUCUUGUCCCCUGGCUGAGGGGAAAAUGUUGUCUUGGACAUUCAUUCUCGUAUUUCAACAAUUUGUGUUCCAUGGGGACUCCUAUGAGUUCAGAGGCAGGACUCAUUCGUAGAAAAACGUUAAUAUCCACUCUGAAUGUUUGUUGCAAACAUUGUGAUCUUCGUCAGCUGUAAUCACAGAAAGCUUGACGAAAAGACACUUGUGGGAGCAGCCAACGAGAGUAGAUAUCAUCCCUUUUCUUUUUCCUUUUUUUUUUUUACAGUUCUUUUUUUGUCCCUAACUCCUGUGCCAACUUGGAUAUAGUGUACAGGCUGUACUAUACUCUUUUCAUAGUACAUUUUUACAUUUGUCAUUUAGCAGACGCUCUUAUCCAGAGGGACUUACAGGCACAAAUAGGGUUAAGUGCCUUGCUCAAGAGCACAUCGACAGAAUCUUACCCUGGUUUUCUCGGGAUGCCUUGCUGUAGAACGGUGACCAUAACAAGAUGAGUUGGUCUGUCGGACCAUAGGGGUGAAAACCAUUAAUGACCAGGGUUGCUGGGGUCCUUAAUUAUAAAGAGGGCUUUUCUGUGGCAGCGGUUAGUGUAAAUGUCCUCUAUAGAUGGCAGCUCUGUCCGUACGUUUUUUUGGUGUCGUCUUCACAAUCCUCGAAGGCCUGGUGGUCAUGUACGUGGUUUAGGUUGCCUGCCAUAUGGUAAUUCACCCAGUCAAUGGGAACUUUUAUAGUUUCAUCAAGUCUCUGAAUGUUAAAUUCUCUCGAACAGACAUUAGCAGCUAAAGAUCAAAAUGUGUGUUAAUAGUAAACUGUCUGGCACAAGACCUUUUUAGCGAUAAGCUAAUUGGAGUUGCAGCAUUACUGUACUAGGAAAUCGGUAUGAUGAUGGUGUUAUGAUACCACUAAACCAGAUUGCUGUUAUAUAUAGAUAAGCCCAGAUGUGAGGGUAAGGCUGUGAUUGGUGCUUUUGGUGAGCCUGUACUGUUGCUGGCCAAUACACUGGAACUAUAAUUAUUGGCACUGUGUCGUAAUAUGACUGAAGGUGAUAAGAUGCACAUAUAUCCGUACAAUACAUGUGAGCUGCUAGUAUUUGCACCAUUUUUAUUUGCCCCAAUAAAGUUGGGUUUAUUAUUGCUGACUAAGCAAGAAUCGCACACUUGUUUUAGUUAACUCUCUGCUAUCACGGCAAUUAUAAAAGCAUUGCAGACACACAAAGACUGCUAUAAGCUUUGUCCGGUAAUUGAAUACGUGACCGGUCUGUUGGUGUGUAGCAAUUAAGGGGGGAACAACCACAGCAGGGUUUGAACCAGUCACCUUUUUGGGUCCAGGGCUAAUGUGUUGGCGGUGUGCUACCAACUGUGCCAAUUAGGGCCAGAUCGCUUGGUAGUUUACUUCCAUACAAGGAGGCAUCGUUAUCGAAGUGAAGACGUUAUGUGGUUCAUAACUGCUGCUGUAACGAUUGGCAGUGGGAUCAGACGGGGACAGUUGAGCAAUGCAUACCUCCAGGAGGGUGAGGAUGGAGAGCGGAAGGCUCCCCAAUGUGUGAUUAACCAUCUGGGGUUGGAUCACAGCUUGAUGCCUGAUGGUCCCCAGGGUCCGAUCCACAGCCCUGGGCCACAACUCUCCUAGAACUGUGUGUGUAUGUCAAAUCAAAUGUUAUUUGUCAAAUGCUUCAUAAAUAACUGGUGUAGACUAAAAGUGAAAUGCUGACUUAUGGGCCCUUCCCAACAAUGCAGAGAUUUUAUUUUAGAAAUAAAGUAAUAAAUACACGAUUAACGAUAACUUGGGUAUAUACACGGGGUACCAGCACCAAGUCGAUGUACAGGGGUAUGAGGUAAUUGAGAUGUAGAUAUGUACAUAUACACUACAUUACCAAAAGUAUGUGGACACCUGCUUGUCGAACAUCUCAUUCCAAAAUUAUGGGGAUUAAUAUGGAGUUGGUCCACCCCUUUGCUGCUUUAACAGCCUCCACUCUUCUGGGAAGGCUUCCACUAGAUGUUGGAACAUUGCUGCGGGGACUUGAUUCUAUUCAGCCACGAGCAUUAGUGAGGUUGGACACUGAUGUUGGGUGAUUAGGCCUGGCUCGCAGUCAGCGUUCCAAUUCAUCCCAAAGGUGUUUGAUGGGGUUGAGAUCAGGGCUCUGUGCAGGCCAGUCAAGUUCUUCCACACCGAUCUCGACAAACCAUUUCUGUAUGGACCUCGCUUUGUGUACUGGGGCAAUGUCAUGCUGAAACAGGCAAGGGCCAGAUGAUUUUUACGCGCUUCAGCACUCUGCAGUCCUGUUCUGUGAGCUUGUGUGGCCUACCACUUCGGCUGAACUGUUGUUGCUCCUAGACAUUUCCACUUCACAAUAACAGCACUUACAGUGGACCGGGGCAGCUCUAGCAGGACAGAAACUGAGCUCUUCAGUAAGCCCAUUCUACUGCCAAUGUUUGUCUAUGGAGAUUGCAUGGCGGUGUGCUCGAUUUUUAUACACCUGUUAGCAACGGGUGUGGCUGAAAUAGCCGAAUCCACAUACUUUUGUAUGUAUGUAGUGUAGGUAGGGAUAAAGUGACUAGGCAACAGGAUAGAUAAUAAACAGUAACAGCAGUGUGUGACGAGUUAGUGCAAAAAGGGCCAAUGCAUAUAGUCCGGGUAGCUAUUGGUUAAGUAUUUAGCAGUCUUAUUUUUUUACAUUUUAGUCAUUUAGCAGACGCUCUUAUCCAGAGCGACUUACAGGAGCAAUUAGGGUUAAGUGCCUUGCUCAAGGGCACAUCGACAGAUUUUUCACCUAGUCGGCUCGGGGAUUAGAACCAGUGACCUUUCGGGUACUGGCACAACGCUCUUAACCACUAAGCUACCUGCCGCUCUUAUGGCUUGGGGGUAGAAGGUGGGUGGGUAGGGAACCGGUGUGUGUGUGUUAGUGACAGACCCUGACUGUAACUAAAAUCCAGUUUAGAUAACGACAGAUCAAUGACCUCCCUUCAGUCUGUUUUCAGUCAUUAUCUAUUGAUUUAUCUGUUAAUGUUCGCACAUGUAACAUCGCAUAUGAAUGUAACCUAGAGAUAUACUGAGGUGUUAGCUAAUGAACUCAGUCGAAUGUGAUUUAGCUGUCUGUGUUAUGGAUAUAGGCAGUAAAACUUUAACAUGACAAUGGUGGGGAAAUCGCUCUUAUUGACCAAAGUCCCAUGUUAUCCAGUUAUAUUAGGGCUGAGACUUGCCAGAGACCUCGCGAUAUGAUAUUGUCACGAUACUUAGUUGCUGAAAUAUAUGUAUUGGAAUUCUAUAUGUCAUUGCUAUUAGAAGUUUCAAACAUGUUGCUCACUAUGUCUGCUGCAGAGGUACAAGGAGAUUGAGAGAAUUAGUUUUGAUCAGUUGGCUCACUAUUUAACCCUGUGAGACCCAAACAGAUUCAAAUGAGGGGGGGGGGGAAACAUUUAUUACAAUUCAGAAAUACUUGUAAUAAGCUUCUGAUUAUAAAAAUAAUCACUGUGAAUUUCAAGUUUGUUUAACAAUUUGCUGGAAUCGUUUCAAAAAUGUAACAUUGGAAUUCAAUGGUAGAAAACAUUUGGUUAAAAACUGUGUGAAAUUAUAUUAAAAUGGAUCAAAAGCAUUUACAUGCGAUGGUAAAUAUUGUGUAAUGGAAUAUACAAUGACCAAUCCAAAUGUUAGAAUCAAAAAUACUAUCAAUUUUUUUUUAAAUAAACGUGUUUUUUUUCGUUUUCUAGGUAUGGAGAACAGCUAAUUUACUUUAGUAAUAUUUGGUUGACCUUUCUGACUUAAUUUGGAGAGCACCUUCUCUUACUGCUUUACCAUUAAAAUGAAUGGUCUCAUAAACCACAAUUAUUUCAAAUGAUGUGUAGAGGGUGCAUGAAAGCUACUCUUGAAAUAUUUGGUUGUCCAUAUUUGCAGAAUUUGGAAGGGAAACGAUCUCUAACUUUGCUAUCAAUAUAUUAAUGUGACCAAUGUCUGUUUGGCAACCCUUUAAGCCCAAUGGAGCAUUUUUGCAACACUUACAAAACUGGCUCGGAAUGUUUUGUUUCUGUAAUUAUUUGUAUUUUUUAAGAGAAGACAAGAAAGCAUAUUUCAAGUCAUGUAUUUGCAUGUAUGACUUCCUACACAAGCUUGUGUAGGUGACCAGUGUGGUGUCAGAUGAGUGGACAAUUUUCCAAUGUUUCAGAGGCUACCGAUGCCACUAAUCAUACUGACACACAAUUUGAUUUGACUUAUUUGUUGUAUUUGUCACAUGCGCCAAAUACAACACGUGUACACCUUACAGUGAAAAUGCUUACUUACAACCCCUUAACACUUAUUUUUCUUAAAACUGCAUUGUUGGUUAAAUAAAAAUUAACUACUAAUUUAAGAGCAGCAGUAAAAUAACAGUAACGAGGCUAUAUACAGGGGGUACAGGUACAGAGUCAAUGUUCGGGGCCACAGGUUAGUCGAGGUAAUUGAGGUAAUAUGUACAUGGAGGUAGAGUUAAAGUGACUAUACAUAGAUAAUAAACAGAGUAGUAGCAACAUAAACUACUAAGAGAUAUGUAGGCCUAAUGAGAUGCACUAUGUAAUGUUAGAUAUGUUUUUUGUUGUUGUUUAGGACCUGUACAGGGUGCAAUUUAGGAAAUGUAUUUUUGCUAAGUUGCAUCUCACAGGGUUAAAAAAGAUGGAGAACAAGCAAUAGGAUGAAAAAUACUGGAGUUUUGGUACAGCUGACUUGCCCUAGAUAAUGCUACCUACAGUAGAAAACAUAAUUGAGUUAUCGAUAUAUCGUCCAAAAAUAAUAUUGUGACGUAAUUAUUGAUUUGGAAUUAUAAUUUUUUCCAUCACUGUCAUGUGAUGCGACAUAGGCAGGUAUUGAUGUUUCAGAUGGGGUGAAAGAUGACUCAUGACUUAAGUUGUGAAAGUAGGCCGAGGGUAGGUGUCUGCUUGGACAACGAAAGCCUUGUUCACAAUCACACUGCAGGCCUUUUUGCUGAAAUGCGUUUUGGAAUACUGACUGUGCAAACAGCAAGUUACAAGUGACCAAAUCGGAUUUAUGUGUGUUCAAACUGCAGUCAUUUGCUGACAUGGCUAUUUGCAAAUGUAUUACAAAUUAAAAAAUGAAAUAUCACAUUUACAUAAGUAUUCAGACCCUUUACUCAGUACUUUGAUGCAACUUUGGCAGUGACUACAGCCUCAAGUCUUCUUGGGUAUGAAGCUACAAGCUUGGCACACCUGUAUUUGGGGAGUUUCUCCCAUUCUUCUCUGUAGAUCCUCUCAAGUUCUGUCAGGUUGGAUGGGGAGCGUCCGGGCUCUGGCUGGGCCACUCAAGGACAUUCAGAGACUUGUCCCUGAAGCCACUCCUGCGUUGUCUUGGCUGUGUGCUUAGGGUCGUUGUCCUGUUGGAAGGUGAACCGUCACUCUGUCUGUACUUUGCUCCGAUCCUGACUAGUCUCCCAGUCCCUGCCGCUGAAAAACAUUCCCACAGCAUGAUGCUGCCACCACUACCAUGCUUCACUGUAGGGAUGGUGCCAGGUUUCCUCCAGACGUGAUGCUUGGCAUUCAGGCCAAAGAAUUCAAUCUAGGUUUCAUCAGACAAGAGAAUCUUGUCUGAUGAAAGUCUUUAGGUGCCUUUUGGCAAACUCCAAGCGGGCUGUCGUGCCAUUUUACUGAGGAGUGGCUUCCGUCUGGCCACUCCACCAUAAAGGCCUGAUUGGUGGAGUGCUGCAGAGAUGGUUGUCCUUCUGGAAGGUUCUCCCAUCUCCACAGAGGAACUCUGGAGCUCUGUCAGAGUGACCAUCGGGUUCUUGGUCACCUCCCUGACCAAGGCCCUUCUCCCCUGAUUGCUUAGUUUGGCCAGACUGCCAGCUCUAGGAAGAGUCUUGGUGGUUCCAAACUUCUUCCAUUUAAGAAUGAUAUGGCCACUGUGUUCUUGGGGACCUUCAAUGCUGCAGAUAUGUUUUGGUACCCUACCUCAGAUCUGUGCCUCGACACAAUCCUGUCUCGGAGCUCUACGUACAAUUCCUUCGACCUCAUGGCUUGGUUUUUGCUCUGACAUGCACUGUCAACUGUGGGACUUUUUUAUAUAGACAGGUGUGUGUGCCUUUCCAAAUCAUGUCCAAUCAAUUGAAUUUACCUCAGGUGGACUCAAUCAAGUUCUAGAAACAUCUCAAGGAUGCACCAGAGCUCAAUUUCAAGUCUCAUAGCAAAGGGUCUGAAUACUUAUUUAAAUAAGGUAUUUCCGUUUUUUAUUUUUAAUACAUUUGCUAAAGUAAAAUCUGUGUUUGCUUUGCCAUUAUGGGGUAUAUUGUGUAGAUUGUUUAGGAAGAAAGUAUUUAAUCCAUUUUAGAAUAAGGCUAUAACAAAAUGUGGAAAAAGUCAAGGGGUCUGAAUACUUUCCGAAGGCACUGUGUGCGCGCCCAUCUCAGUGAACUAAUCCAUUGCUGAGGCCUAGACUAAAAGCCAAUUUAUGCUUGAUUCGAAAAUGUGGUCGGAGGCUCCAUAUGGAGGGUGUGACGCAAUUGCGGAGCCUCCAGAGGCAUGCAGAGGCCAAAUUGAGCUCUGUACCGCAUCGCCAUGCGCCUCCCAAAUUUGGUAACAAUGCGGAGGGCUCUGUAUAGCUACGCAUUGAGAUGAUUGGUUGACGGUAGGUGGGGGCAUUACAUCCUGUAUAAACACAAACUCACUUCCUUGACAACAGCUCUGCACUGCGCCGCGAAGCGCAAGAAGUAUGAAUGCCCUAACUUCUGCAGAGGCCAUAUCACUGUAAAUGCUGCAUGGCCAAUGCAGACGUCAGAUUGACCAUGCGCCCAGAUGCACAAUGCACUUCUAUCCCCAGAAUAUGCUCUCUCCCGCCAAUUUGUGCACAUUCAUUGUGAAUUGUUUGAUUGUUAGUGUAUAUCAAUCCCCCAUUACAUACAUCACCAGUAGUACAUUUACUGUUAAUUCCUAUAAUUUCUAAUCUGCAAUGUUUGUUACUUUGGUUACGGUAAUUUACAGCUGUGUCUGUCCCAAGCUCACUGGCAGGGAAACUCUGAGGGCCCAGAAUAUUGUAAUACAAUGUUGCAAGUUCGCUAGCGCAAGCUUCGGGCGUUACCAAAGUUAAUAGUUGUUACAAUGUUUCAAGUUUGUUGCAGACAGGCCAUGUGUAGCCAAUGAUUUAUAGGAUAUUUAUUUUUAUCAGGAUAUUUUCUACCUGCAGACUGCCAUUUUUUUAUUUGUUGGCAUUAUGUAGGCUAUUUUUACAUAGUUGGCAAUAUAAGUUAUUUUUUAGGUUUAUCAUUUUCAUUUAGAUUUUGAUAAAAUGUUGAUUAACCACAUGACAUUGACUUUGAGGUAUGAAGACUAAGACUGUAUAUUAAUUAAAUGAAACUUUCACGAAAAAUUGCAUAUGAAAACCAUAACUGGCACGCAGAUCGGUAGAAAUGGUAAGAUAAAUUGGCAUUCCACAUGAGAAAGGUUGCUGACACCUCGUGUAGCCUAUUACCGGCAACUUCAGGAGAGUAAUGGCAGAAUCUGCAAAAGCCAGCAGGAGUGGGAGGAGAAUAGUUGGGUCAGGUUUUUUUUUCUUCUUCUUCUUCUGGUUAUCUAGAUCUCUGGCGCCCUCUUGAGGCAUCAAACCGCAAGCUCAAUGCAUAUAGUUGAUUUUAUUUUAUAUGGAAAAUUCCAAGAAUACCAAUAUUGUUUUUUUGUCGGGGACAGCCCUAAAAGCCUCAAAGGAUGAGAUGAUCCAACUUUCAAAACUAGUGCUUUUUGGCUAGUCACGAGUCGGCUGGCUAGCUAGGUAGCCGUUUAGCUUUCUAGCACAUUCAGUAAUUUGUUUGUAAACAAUUAAUACACUAGCUAGUUAGCUACCACUUGUUCUUGUCAAACUGUCAACAGAGUAUCUAGCAAGAAACAAGCUAUGCCAAAUAGCAGUCAAAAAACCACUUGAGGGCAAAUAAGUCAGAUAUGACCGUUCGUAAGUUGCAUGGCUAGGAAUCAAACCACCUACAAAGGUGAAAUAUCUGAUUCCAUGUGCUUUUUGGCUGUUCCCUACGAGAUUGCUGUGUUGGGACGCACUUGAAUCCCUUCAAAUGGUCUUCCCACCCAAACAAAUCAAUCACACCAGCUAGUGUUUCCAGCUAGGACCCAAUCUUCAGCUGCUAGUGUGAUCCAUUAGGAAGUUUCCCCCACUAAUGGAUUCACUUCCUUAGAAGCAUAUAAACAGCUUUGACUGACUGACUACUGAUCUAUUGCUCCUGUAUCUGUAAUGACAUAUUCUGGCUACAUAGGCAAAUCUAACACUUAUCACGUACUGUAGAUUAUGGGGAGAUAUUUCCAGUAUGAAGUGCAGCGCAAUGCAAACAGGACAGCAGGGCAAGGAGUGAAGUACAGUGGAGUGACCCGUAUGUGAAGCGGGUAUAUAUUUAACCCCUAAUGAGCGCGAACCCAUUAACUUCACCCAUAACACAUAUCUGAUAUGGAUUUACAAUGUGUGUGUGUGUGUGUGUGUGUGUGUGUGUGUGUGUGUGUGUGUGUGUGUAUAUAUACAUUGUAAACCACCAAAAGGACAUCCAUCCAACUUGACACAACUGUGUGAAGCAUUGGAGUCAACAUGGGCCAGCAUCCCUGUGGAAAGCUUUCGACACCUCGUAGAGUCCAUGCCCUGACGAAUUGAGGCUGUUCUGAGGGCAAAAGGGGGUGCAACUCGAUAUUAGGAAGGUGUUCCUAAUGUUUUGUGCACUCGGUGUGUGUAUAGAUAUCUCCCUCUCUCUCUGCAGGAGACUGGUGUGCCUCUGAAUGUGUCUAUCCGUCUGCAGCUCAACCUGUACAUGAAGAUGGUGUCAGGAAUCACGUAAGGAUAACCCCUAACCCUCAACCUCUCUGAUUUAUAACCCCUAUCUAUACCCCCAACCAAUCACUCUUCAUUUCAACAUGUCUGUCACAUGAGGACAUCCACUUAUCCCUGACCCUUGACCUUUAACCCCAAAGGCCAAAAAGCUGAAGGGUCCCAUUCAAUCUGGGCGUUUCCGUUGUUUAUUUAGGAUGUAUUUGUGUGUAUCUCCUGUGAGUGUCUGUCUGUCUGUCUGUCUGUUGCAGGGAAACGGGGAACAUCUCAGAGGUGGUGAUGCCCAUGAUCUGGUUUGAGGAGGUGAGUGAUGAUGGGUUCUCUUAUCCCCUAACAUGCUCUAUACCUCUAUACCCCACCAACACUCUCCUAAUCUAACCAACACACACUCUAUAUCUCUCACCCAUACCCCUUGAUCAGCGUUUCUUAAUCCUGGUCCUGGGGACUCAAAGGGGUGCGUGUUAUAUUUUUGCAAAAGCACUACAAACCUGAUUCCACUAAGCAACUCAUCAAACCUUUGAUUAGUGGAAUCAGGUGUGUAAAGCUAGGGCAAAAACAAAAAUGUUCACCCCUUUGGGUCCCCAGGACCAGGAUUAAGAAACACCGCCCUAGCGUAUAUAACCCUAACCCUUUUAACACCCUCAUAACUCUGUCCACUCAUCAGAUUUGUGUUGUCUGUCUGUCUCGCUCUCGUAGAGUGGUUAUAUCGACGGUGCCAUCCUGAAAACGUUCCACACUAACCUGGUGAUAUUGCCAAUGGUGAUGGUGUACAUGCAGUACUGUUUCAUAGGCCUUGGCCUGGCCACCAUACUGGGAGCUGUACUGCUACACUACAGAGAGAAGGUAACGUCUGUACAGCACAUGGACAACGCUCGCUGCCUGUGUGGAUGAGAACGUUGUGUGUGUGUGUGUGACAUUCUUUGCUUUGCAUGGCAUGCGUACUAAGUAAUGUGACUCUUGCACAGUCCUGAGCAGCCCUCUGUUAUCCACCAGAGAACAGAGACUCUUCCCACAGCCUCGGCUAACAAAUCAACACACUGGUGCUCCCCUUUCUAAACAGCAUCCAAUCUCCCUCUGAGUAUCAGUAGAUUGUGAUUUAUACUGUACAGUGGUGCCACUUGGACACACACACGGUCCCACCCCCACCGCCUUAAUCUCGUUAGGGAAAUAAUCUCGCUCGUGAUUAGUCUAACAUAUGCCUUUGGAUGAGUGUAUUUUACAUAGCGAACUCUAUACAUUAGCCAGUUAAUUUGAUAAAGACAUUAACAUAACUCUCAAGCCAAUGCUAGCUGGUGUUAGCGCAAUGACUGGAAGUCUAUGGGUAUAUGCUAGCAGAUACCAAUAGACUUCCAGUCAUUGGGCUAAUGCUAGUUAGGAUUGGCUCGAAACUACCUCUAACUUCCUUCGUACUGGACACAGAGACAUAAAAAUCAUUGCCUCAUUGCCAAAAUCCUGAAGUAUCCUUUUAAGAAUCAAGUAUGGGGUUAUUUGGUGUAUCAAGUCAGUGCUAUGCACAUUUCAAGGUUAUUUUCCUUUUGGAACACAAUGUUCCCCAGGGACAAUAGACUGUACCCAUAAGUACUGUAUAUGGUUAUGGCAUGCACACACAAACAAACAGCACGUACACAGAGGCAUUUCAGGUCAUGGCGUUAUGACUAGUGUGGUGUUAAUGAUGCAGGGAAUCAGUUGUCCUGUUUUUCUUUCUUGCAGGCAUUGUUGAAAAAAGAUCUGCCUACAGUGAUGGAGAACCAUUGGGUUGGUCCACACGUUAAACUGUUACCAAUCACUCCAGAAAAGAUGCCUCUAUCAUAUCAAUCAGAAUAAUGUGAUAGUAAUAUGAAUGUAAAAUAAUGAUUUACCCUGACAGAUUCUGAUUGGCUUUGAUUUUAUCAUAAGAACCCAUCAGUAGGGAGGGAUGGCCAACUUUGGUCCUUGGGGGCUGCUCUGUGUGCAGGCUUUUGCUCCAGCCAAGCGCUUACACACUACAGUGUUCAUGGUCUUUAAUCUCGACCAUCAUGAAUUAUAGUCUCUAGCUCUUUAGUCUAGUUCUGUUGGUCAUUGAGAUUGAAGACCGUCAUUACUGUAGUAUUAGCAGAACCAGGUGUGUGGAAGCUGGGUUGGAGCAAAAGCCUGCUCACACUGGCCUUCCCGGACUGGAGUUCUCCUGAUCAGUAGGAGAAAGAUGCGUAUAAAGAGUGUCAGUUUCAGGCUAAUUGUGUUACUGUAUAAAGCUGAUGUAUCAGAGGAGUAUGGGAUCUGAUCAUCCCUUCUCAACUGGGUCAGGUGUCAAUCAAUCCAAAUGUCACGAUUGAUUGGUCAAUACUGUCUGUAUGAGAUGCGUCAUUAACCAAUCGCAAGAACCCUGGUUGUCCUGCAUGCCCCGCCCUCAAUCCAUAGUCUUUCUCAGUUUUGAAUCAGCAUGAACACACACGCACAAACUGCAACAAUGAAACUACACACUGCAUGAACACACACACUCAGCACAUGAUUUAAAUGACCCAAUGGCUGAGCGACUAAAUACUGCACUUCCUGUCUCUGAUGUCAGUCAAAUCAACCACCUGACAGCCAGUCAGUUUGGUCAAUGAUUUCCUGUAGCUCCUCUGACUGGCUGAUUUAGUAAAGGUCUGGCUAUCUUUUAGGCAACGGUUAGAGACCCAGUAAACAGCUCAGAUGCCCACAAACAGAUGGACAAAUGUAUCAUGAAUGACACAGGUGGGUUUCAGGCUGACAUACACUCUCACCUUCUCUCUUGUUAUGUCCUACGUGUACACACACCCUUUUCCUAUAUAUUGGGUGUACACACCUUUUUUGUACAGGUGACACACAAACACAAAUUGUGGACUCACACGAGGCAUCACACACACCCAUAUUAAUUUAGUAACAUCCCUAUCAUUUUUAAAAUCAACUAUUUUCUCAUCCACUGCUGUUGUGCCAUGUUUCAUAUGACCCAGUGGUCUGCCGAUGUUUGAGUGUGUGUUUUUUGAAGUGUCCAGUCCAAAGAGCAUGGUUUGAGCCAGAACGCCGACAGCCCAAAGUUAACACAUUCUCUUGCAGCAGACCCGUCGGUUGAAGACUGCUGUUGUAUGAUUAGGAACAAAGUUUUGGGAGUUUAAAUGUUGACAGAAUGUUGUGGUUUACAGGUGACGCUCUGGAGUCAAACGGGUGUAUUCAUUACGGAAACUGUUUACCGUUUAAGAACCAAAUGAAGCAAACGGGUCAAAACAAGUUUCUAUUGAACACAUUUGGGUAGAUCCCACUCCAUUUUGUUCCGUUCGCUUCAGUUUAAGAAAUGUUUUACAACUGAAUCAGCGGAAUGAAUACACCCAAGGUGAAAUGGACUGCAGCUGACAUGAGACUGGUUUUGUCUGUUUGGUUGCAUGUCUGUCAAAGUGUCAAAAAAUCUCUGUUUGGGACAAGAGGCAUUAUGUUUUGGGGCCUUUUGUAGUGAAAAGUUUGAUAGAUUAUUAAUACGUUUUCUCUAUGCACAACACAGGAAGCUGGUGAGGGGUGGACGGCUCAUAAUAAUGACUGGGAUGAAGUGAAUGGAAUUGUAUCAAAUACAAGGAAACCAUGUUUACCAUUCCAGCCAUUACUAUGAGCCUGUUCUUCCCAAAUAAGGUGCCUGUGAUGCACACAUUAACUUAACGAAAUUACAGUGGCGUGUCAGCUGCCUGGCUCGGCUCCAUAACAGACUUGAUCCUAACUAUGUUAAGUUGUUGUGCUUCUAACAUCCAAUCUCUUAUACUCUCACACGCUCUCCCUCUCCUCUGACUUUUCCCAUCCAUUUCUCUUUCUCCUGACAGCUCAUAAUUUGUGAGAGGACUGUCAUACCGGACGCCAAAGUGAGCACUUCACCCAGCGAACAAACCCCUCUAAUACAGGACCACGUGGACUAACGCAUGCGCACACACAUGUAGGGAGAGCUGCCUAGGCCAGUUCUGCAGGACUCUCUCUGCAUGUGUUUGAGACUGAAGAGCACUGGAACCCCAAAACCACUGACUAUUCUCUCUCGCGCGCUAUAUAUAUCUAAACUCUCUCAGGCCUGGCCUGGUGCUCACCUGACUACACCUCACCUGGUACGGUUCUCACCUGGUCCUGCAUCUGCUCCAGGAGACUUUCUCGACCUUUAAUUCUGUUCAGGGCUCACUGGUCAACAGGGAAGGGCAGGACCACCCCGGUUGGUUCUGCUCUUUGGUGUCCCAUCCAACCCUCCAAUGAGGAUCCACUCUGAGAUUACAUCAUCAUGGAACAUCACCGCAUCCACACAGUUGCUGUUAUGUGAAUCUUUCCUUGUCUGUUUGUUAUACUUCCAUUUCUUCAGAUGCUUUAACAACAACUUAAUAUCAUGUGUUUUUACUGUUCCUGAAAUGCCAUAGGAAACCACUCCGCUAGAUCUGUAUUGUUAAGCGUUCCUCUCCUCUGGGUAGAUGUUACCUGUAUGCACAGAUCUAGGAUCAGCAAACCUUAGCCAUUGCAGGAAGAAAUGCAAAACUGACCCCAAAUCAGCACCUAAAAGCAACUUCAUUCUACAAUAUCUCACCAGACCAAAGAAACAAAAAGUUUACUUUCUGCAUUGACUGGAA